ACAAAGGAGAGCCCUUGAGUUUCCUAUAUCAUGAGUGGUUCAGAAGACACAUGUUACAAAUGAUUCCACAGCAGAGCCAGAACUAGAGCUAUGGGCAUCACUCCAUCAUGUCCUAAUGCUCUGAUUGAUCAAUUCUGCCAGAAGACACACCUUUAAAGACCAGUGCUGCAUGCAACCAAACAAAGUGAGGACUAAGAGAGAAAAGUCCUUUGGUGUCUGUGGGUGAGGCCCUGGUCCAUGAGAGAAUCAUGUUCCUUCAGCUCUGCCUGUGGAUGUUGCUCUUACUCUCUGUAUGGUCACCAACUGCACAUGCUAGGUACAGUAGUCCUCCAGAAGUAGUGAUACCCUUGAGGGUCACUGACCCUAGUACACAUGAUGUUUCCCCAGACUGGCUCUGCUAUAGCCUGCGCUUUGGAGGAGAGAGACAUAUUAUCACCAUGAAACCCACAAAAUACUUCAUAUCCAGGAACUUCCUACUGUUCACUUACACUGACCAAGAUGAUCUCCUUGUAGAACAGCCUUUUGUUCAGAAUGACUGCUACUACCAUGGUUAUGUAGACAAAGAACCUGAAUCCAUGCUCAUUAUUAACACCUGUUUUGGGAGUUUGCAAGGCAUAAUAGAGAUGAAUGGCAUAGCUUAUGAAAUCAUGCCCAAGAACCAAACAUCCACAUUUGAACAUCUGGUAUACAAAAUAGACAGUGAGGACUCAGAAUCUAUGAGAUGUGGGUUAACAGAAGAAGAGAUAGCACGACAAAUGAAGAUUCAAGAAAGCAAAGACUCCACACUUAUGCAAAGCCAAUAUGAGAAUUGGUGGACCCACCACAAGUAUGUUGAAUAUUAUGUGGCAGUAGAUAAUCAACGAUAUGUUUAUAAAAAUAAUAAUGCCACAGCUUGUUUGCAGGAAAUGUUGCAAGUUGUCAAUGGAAUAAAUGGUUAUUAUCUUCACAUAGAUGUUGAGGUGGUUUUAACUGCACUGGAAAUUUGGACUCAAACAAACCAUAUCAAUGUAUCAGGAUCUAUAGGUAUUGUCCUACCCGCAUUCUGUGCUUGGAAGAGGAGUAACGUUGACAAUCGCAUUAGAAAUGAUAUUGCACAUCUUUUUGCCAGGCAAGGAUAUGGUGGCACUUUAGGGUUAGCUAAUGUAGGUACAGUUUGCACAAGUGGAAAUUGUGCAGUUAACAGUUUUAUGACAGAUUCAACUCAAACAGUGGCAUUCAUUGUAGCACAUGAGAUGGGUCAUAAUUUGGGUAUGUCUCAUGAUAAGAAUUACUGUGCUUGUGGGUUAUCAGAGUGCAUAAUGGCUGCAUAUCAAUCUAAUUCCCCUAGAUUCAGCAACUGCAGUUAUAAUGAAAUGUUUUCAUUGAUUAGCAGAAGAAAUUGUUUAUACAAUAUUCCAGAUAUACAAGUAAAAGCAAACUUCUCCGUGUGUGGGAAUAGUAUAGUUGAGGAAGGAGAGCAGUGUGACUGUGGAUCCUCUGAAUCAUGUCAGAGUGAUCCAUGCUGUAGCGAAGACUGUGUGUUCAAACCUGAUGCUGAAUGUGCUUUUGGACUUUGUUGCAAAGAUUGCAAGCUCAUGUCAGCAGGUACCUUGUGUAGAGAAAAGAAUAAUGAAUGUGACCUUCCGGAGUGGUGUAAUGGAACUUCAGGUAAGUGUCCAGAAGAUGUAUACUUGGAAGAUGGAAGUUCUUGUGGAGAAGAUGUUUACUGCUAUAAAAAGGUAUGUCCUAAACGCGAAGAACACUGUCAGAGCAUUUUUGGUGAGAGUGCCAAGAGUGCAGAUGAGUCUUGCUACAUGGAAAUGAACAGAAGGGGUGACCGUUUUGGUAACUGUGGUAACGAAAGCCAUAACUACAGAAGAUGUAAUAAUGCUGAUGUACUCUGUGGACGAAUUCAGUGUCAAAAUGUGGAAGAGAUCCCACAGAGGAAAAACCAUGAAACAGUUCAUUGGACUCACUUCAAUGAUGUUACCUGCUGGAGUACAGACUAUCAUUUUGGAAUUACCACAGAGGACGUCGGAGCAGUGAUAGAUGGCACAACUUGUGGUACAAACAAUAUGUGCAUUGGUAGGAAGUGUAUCCCUAACCCUUUUUUGUUUAAUAACUGUUCAGCCCAAUGCAAUAACAAAGGAGUCUGCAACAAUAAACAACACUGCCAUUGCGAUGAGGAAUGGGAGCCACCAGACUGUCUACUAAGUGGCUAUGGAGGUAGUGUAGACAGUGGACCACCACCAAAGAUAGAACGUAGGAGAAAGCGCAAGAGUAAGAUGUUAAUGUUACCUCUUUUAAUUCUUUUUUUGGUUUUGUUUUUUUUACUUCUCUUGAUUUGUCUAAUCCCAAGAAGGAAAUCAGACCAAGAAAUUGAACCAAAACGAAUGUCAGAGUCACAAGCUGAACCUGAUGAAGCUGAAUCUGAGAUAGAAGGUGACACUAAAAAUAAACAUAAGGCUUCAUCUAAGAAACAUGAGAAAAGUGAAAAGAAAAAAAGUGAGAAACAUAAAAGUAAAAAAGACAAAAAAAAGAAAAAAUAAGAAAAUAUUUACUCUCUGGGAGAUCCAUCAUUUAUUAACUUGUAGACUUCUGAACCUAGUAUCACUGUGUGUGUAAGAUAUCCAAGGCCAGAAAUUAUGGAGACCUCCUUGUUUGGAUAUCAAAACCAUUCACCAUCAAAUAAAAGGAGGUCCUACAACA